CGGAUCAUAACAAUUGUUUUGCCCCAUUUCCCUCUCAGACAACUUGAGAAAAAGAGACCACCGUCCCUGACCAAAUCCGCACCGCCACAGCCAGGCCGGACGCUGUCGGCACUGCCCAGGCCGGAAAACGCUGCCACCGCCCAGGCCAGACCACUCCACCGGAUUUUUCAGCAUCGGACUCGCCACCGGAUUUGAAAAAUUAUUCUCAUUCACAAAACCCCAUUUUCCCCAUUCAAGAUUCAAAAGCCACCGAGAGAUCUGAGAAACACCGCCGCUGAACGCUAACGACGAACGGCGCAGCUCCUCCGCCCGGUUUAGAGAGUUAUUGUCUUUCUAUCUCUUCCGCCACUGCCACAGUGUUCAAAGUGUAAGUUUGUUUGAUUUGGAAGUUGAAGGAAAGUUUGUGGAUCAUGUAUGUUGUGUGUGUUGCUGGGGGAUUUCUUAACAUCUUCUGAUUCGUGGAGGAGAGUUCCAUAGGAUCAUACUAAGAUUCUUAUUGGAGUUUCAUGGAGGAUUUUGUGUCUUUUUUCUAUUAGAGGGCAUAAAGGGCCUGGUUUCUGCCAAGUCCGAACUGAAGACAUUCUCUUUUAGUAAUUUCAAAUUUGGCGGUUCCAAUUCCCAAAAGAAUCAUCUGAAAUUGUCUCUACAGAUUCCAGGAAUUGCGACGUUAAGAAAAAGUAUUGUCCACCAGUUUUGCACUUGCAGCUUUUGUUAAGCUUAGUGGAAGAUGAGCAAUAAUGCAGCCGGACCCUCCUCGAAAUCCAAGGCCGGGUCGUCUCAGCCCUCGGAAACUACGUUUAAGCGAAAACGAGGAGUGUUUCAGAAAGAGCUGCAGCAUAUGAUGUAUGGCUUUGGAGAUGAUCCUAAUCCGCUUCCAGAAAGUGUGGCCCUUGUGGAGGACAUUGCUGUGGAGUAUGUCACAGAUUUGGUGCAUAAAGCCCAAGACAUUGGAUCAAAGAGGGGAAAGCUAUCAGUUGAAGAUUUCCUGUAUCUGAUACGCAAGGACUUGCCAAAGCUUAACCGCUGUACAGAGUUACUAUCUAUGAAUGAGGAGCUGAAACAAGCUAGGAAGGUUUUUGAGUCAGAUGAAGAGAAGCUGAGGAAGGUUUUUGAGGCAGAUGAAGAAACCUAGCUUCCAUACAUGAUAUGAUGGUGUUUUAAUCGACUAACAUUUGUGGUUACUUUCUGGACUGAAGCAUAUCUGUUAUUAUGUUUUAUAUUUCUUUUUUCUUUUUUUUCUAGAACUGAUGCAUACCUGUUAUAAUUUGGUGGUUGUGUAAAUAACAAAUUUUUGUUAAGAGAGAUACUUCUAACGCAUUUAGGCUUAAGCAGAUA